CCUUUCCCCGUAAUGGCCCCUAAACCCUAAAUAUAUACUAGCCGUUACGCUCCCCCUCUCUCUCCACUCUCUUCUCUCUCUAACUCCUCACUUCCCUAUCUACUCUCUCUCUCUCUCCAACAUGAGCUCGAUCGAAAACGCUUCAAAGAAGCCAUCUAUGGCCUCUGAAUCUCCGAACCCAGAAACACUUUUCUCUACCAAGACCCCAGACAAGAAGACGGCGACUCUCUCAACCAGACCUCGUGACGGCGACAACAAACCCGUUAAGAGACAGAUCUUGACUUCGCCCAAAAAACCUGAAACGAGCCUGAAAUUGCCAGAAAGGUUUGAGAUUCUGGAUGAAUGCUUUAAUGGGUUGGUCACUGCAAUUAGAUUGCUGAAGCUAAAGGGUUCUUUGACUUCGUUUGCUAAUAUAUGUCCCAAGAUUGAGUAUCUUACUAAUCGGAUCUUUUCGUAUGAUCAUUUGGCUCAGAUGAGGCAUAUCUAUCCGGAAGCCAUUGAAGUAAAGAGAGUUUUGAAGUGUGAUGAAGACACUAGUUGUAUGAAACCUACUCUUCACGUUAACUUAAACACCGAUGCAGUUGUUGUACUUGAAGAUACAAGUUGCGGAACUAUAUACAUGCAUCUUAGGAAGGUGUUUUACUCAAAGCUUGUAGAUUUUUACAAAGCUCAUCCUAAGGACGAGAUUCCUAAAGAGCUGCUUCCUGAACCGUUCAAUAUCUCCAAAAAGGAUUCAGACACAGUAAGUGUUGUAGACGUGGGAGCAUUUAAACUUGAGAAUGAUGUUCAAAUGGAGGAGAUGGAGCAAGAAGAAGAUAAAGUAAUUCAAGAUUCGGCUUUAUCAGAUGGUACUGAGGAAUGUUUGUUACCGAACACAGAGUCAACCCCAGCCAAAGUUUUGUCCACUCCCUCCAAGGAUCUGUUAACACCAAUCAAGCUCAUGAGUGCUACACCGACAUUGCAGCCAUCUAGAAGGUGUAUUACAAUGACUCCAGAUGUUGAUGAUAGUGACUCUGUUAGAUCAACGAAUGAUCUUGAAAGGCGCCCUUCUCGCACUAGGUGUCUGAAUUUCGACACUCUGGAGGAGGAAGAUGGAACACUCAGUGACCAAUCUAAUGAUGAUGAAGGCAACGACUAUGAAGCUAGUGAUGAUUCCUAUGAUGAAGAUAGUGAUGAUUCCGACGAUGAAAUUAGUCUUCUGCACUCAAUGAUAGAGGAACCAAAGGAUCAAACAGAGAAGCAAAACUUGCCUAAGCUUGUUAAUGUGAUUCAUAAGAUGUUUCACUCAACAAACCGAACGGUCAUCACCAAGCAAGAGCUUCUCCACAAGAUGAUCGCAUGCCAAAUCGAUAUAAUGGAUAGAAAGGAAGUGGAGGAACAGCUACGGUUGAUGUUGCAAUUGGUUCCGGAUUGGAUCUCUGAAACAAAAGCAUCUUCCGGGGAUGUUCUUGUUCGAAUCAAUAAACUGUCUACUGCUGAAUCGGUACGUGCAAGACUUGAGGAAGCAACUUCACAGGACACUUCCACUGUCUCCUGAGUUUCAAUCAUCAUUAAAUCUUUACACAUCUUUUCCUUCAUAAGCUGAUCCAAUAUAAAACUCAUUAAAAUAUUAUUAAUUUAUUAUCAAAGAUAAUAAUUAUCUAAUGAUUAUUAUGGUUGGUUAAGUUGUCUAAGUAAA